AACGAAACGAAGCAGCCGAAAAAAUCAUGUGUUUGACUGUUUGUGUCACGGGGUUUGUAUGGUAUCUUGGAAUAUCUUGAACACCAUGCCUCAAAUACAGUGACUGCAUGUGGAUUGCACGGUUAACAAGCAUUGAGGGCGGAAGUGCAGCUCACUGAAAAGAACGGUCGCCAUCCUGUAUUUAAUUACAGUGGAUGAAGAUGUCAAAAAUAUUUCGUGCAUUGAUAAUGGGCCCGCCAGGAUCAGGAAAAGGAACAAUCUCAGAGUGGAUUAUACGUGACUUCGCUUUGAAGGGUCUUGCAUGUGGAGAGAUCAUACGGCAAAAUAUUCUCAACAGAACUGAAGACGGCCUCAUUAUGGAAACAUACCUUGAGAAAGGUGCACUCGUGCCAGAUGACCUAGUGACUCGCCUGACUUUAAACUACAUCAAUACAAGGUUGAAGGAUCAACCCUGGCUGCUAGACGGCUUUCCACGGACAGUUCCACAAGCCGAGGCUUUAUCUAAGAACACAGUGUUGGCUUGCGUGAUCGAUCUAGCGGUACCAGAAGAUGAAAUCAGACGAAGAAUCGAAGGUCGUUGGAUCCAUGCAGCUAGUGGGCGGACUUAUCAUACAGCGUUUAACCCACCAAAGGUGCCAGGAAAGGAUGAUGUUACUGGAGAAGAUUUAGUGCAACGAAUUGACGACAAGCCCGAAACGGUCAGAGCUCGUUUAGAAAGUUACAGGAUGCAGACAGAACCAGUGCUGGAAUACUACCAGAAGCGUGGCCUGCUCCACGAAUUCAGGGGCACAAAGUCAAAAGAAAUAUUUCCACAUGUUUACAAUUUUCUAAGCACGUUGAGGAAGCCUGUAAGGCCGCUGAGUCUGUGAAGGAAAGAAUUUGUGUGGCACUUUUUUGCAGCCCCAGAGGGGACCCUGACCCUGACCCAGACCCUUGCUUGGUGUGUAUGGGGGUGGGGAUUCUUUCUCGAAGCGCGUAGUGAAAGUGUGAGAAGCAUAAUGUGCAACCUAUUGCUUUGGGAGGGGGCGAUUGCCCCCACUCCACCUCCCUCCCUGGAUCUGCUGCUAUGCAGUGGUAAUAACUGCAGCUAUUGAGCAAUACCUGGUUAUUAGUAUUUGUGGCCUGUAGAAAAAGCAGUGAGGCCGUUACCUUCUAUGGGGAUGGCUAAGAUGUCUAAAAGUUAACAAAAUCGGUUUGCUGUUUUGCAUGUAAGGUCUUAAGAAAUAGGCCAGAAGCUAUGUGGACAACCAGUGUGUACUCUUGUUCUGAUUCACAGUUGCAUGAAUGAUAUGUGAUUUGUAACCUGUUGACUAUUCUGAUGCACUACACAAAUGCAUUCUUAAUACAAAAGCUGUUUAAUUUUAGACUAUUUCAAUUUUUUUUUUUAAUUGGUCAGUAAGACCUAAUUUUGUCUUGCCAGCCCUCUAUAUUUCUGCCAAAAAUUCAGUGCCUUCUUUUGUAAUUCAACACCGGUUUCUUUCUCGUUUUUGUCCAUACAGUAUUAAUUAACUAAUUGAAUGAUCUUCCGCAGUCGUUACUCAUUAUUACAGAGUUUUGUGUGACUGGCCGAGGGUUUUCUAGAUUCCUCGGUAUUUAUUGAAUGGUAUCAUUUUGUUUUGCAUAACACUGUAUGACACCCCCAGUUAAUGCCCCUGCAAGAUAUUUGAGGUAUUUCCAUAACUAAAUUAAUGAACAAAUUUCUAUUCUUAUUGAGAAUUUAAUGUAACGGUAGAUGUUAAAGGGAUAAUGUAUAAAACAAUAUCUAAAAUUAUCGCUAUUGCAGAAAAUUAUUAUUCUACGUUUUGUGCAAGAAAGGCCCCUAGCUUUCUGCGGUGGAGAAUUAACAUUUCCGCGAAGUGAGAUUUACAAUUCCGCAGGCAAGAGAAAACAAGCUCAAAAAAAGGUUUAGGCGUUCUCCUUAGAUCACUUACUGACUUUCCCUGUGCACUUUUCGAGCCUUUCGUGACUUUUCAGUGCACAAAGAAAUUUCUCUCUGGUGGUUCCUGUCGUUACAUUUUCUUUGGGGUUCAACCCACGAAAAUGUCAUAGAUCGAUAUUGCAAUCCUUAUAUAAUUUUGUAAUGUAUCAAAUGUUCUGUGAAAAACACACAAUCCUGAGGGAAACAGCCGGUUCCACGAGACACGGCCAAUUCCGUGAAAUUUCCUGGAAUUGCGAAUUCAUGGAAAGCUAGGGCUCUAAGCAUGGGUCACAGCUUGUGGCUCGCCGACUUAGGUGCCUUGAACAAAGAUGGUGUGCUUUGCUGAUGGUGUUCCAUGUUAAGAUAUCUCGCUUGUAGUAUGUAAUAAUGCAAAAUUUCAAUAUCAAUGUGAGCACAUAUCAUAUUAAAAUCAAUAAAACUCCAGUGCGGGAGAAGCAAAAGAGAGACGGACGACAAAGCGCUGGUUUGAUCGAUUUUAAUAUGUCAGACCAAAGAGCUCAAUUUCUUAACCUUUUUAACACAUAUCAUCGUGGCAGCACAAUCCCUGCAAUUUUGUUUAACGUUGUUUACUUAAUGAAGUGCUGCACAGAAAGCUUGCCUGUGUUACAGUAAUCAAGUGGCAACAGGCUAGCUUGUGGAUAAACUUCGUGCUACAGAAAAAAUACAACACAACACAGACGGCUCACAGACAACUCAUCUGCUUUGUGUUGUAGUUUUCGUGUGGCCACGCUCAGGCCUUUUAUGGUGUGGUGUUGUGUUUUAGCUUCUCUAUGCACAGCACUGUCUUGUACUAUGGUUCUCUUUGUUGGUUUGGAGGUUUUGAAUACUCGACUAGGGUGCACUUCCGCUUUAUGCUUAUUCCAGUAUUUUGGAUCUUAUUGGGUUGAUGUUGGCAUAUUUUGCUUCAGUAUCAAGUCCUGUUAUGUUGUUAUACACUGUACAUGAUCCAGUUUCAAGAACUGUGCUGGAUAACAAUUUGCAUCCAUAGGUACAUACUUUGUUUUAAACAGAGUUUCGUGUGAUGCAUGGCCGUUCUAGUGGGCUGUAUAGGAAAUGGUAAUUGUGCAAGCUAUGUAAUGUGCUCUGUCACAAUUAUAGAAGGCAUUGGCAGCGUCCCUGUGCCACACAUGAUAUGUUUGCAACAGGUUUUCCGCAAGCCUUCUUGACGAUGUAAGCAAGUCUACAUUGUGCUUGAAUGUGUAUGGAUCUGAGAGGAUGACGUAUCACACAUGAAUAGUGGUGGAUCCAAGGGGGUGGGGUGCGGUUGGGUGAUCGCCUCCAAACGUUAGUUUGUACAUUUGAUUUUCCUCUCUCCCCUCCUCCACUACGCGCUACAACAAAGAAACCGCUGCCCCCCCUCCCUCUGCAAACCCAGGGUCUAUAUCUGACCCUGGACAUGAAGUGAGGUAGAUUAUAAGUCCUGUGUGUUGUUGCUAUGUAGAGCAUGUUACAGGAUUUUGUACGAGACUACAUAUUGGAACGUCCAUUUAUAUUGGCAAGUUGUGCAACGAAAUUGAUGUUGUCCACGAAAAAGCCAGUGGAUGCUUGUGUCAUCUAUGCUUCGAACCCUGAGACAAUAGGGGAUGAAGACACACAUGAGAGCUUUAUAUUUGUGUCAUGCAUGGCUUCUUUUCCUUCAGUCUCAGGGUUCUAAGCAUGGACGUCAGUACCACCAGCUUGCCCGUUUUCUUGCCAUUCUUUCUUAAUGCUUGUGUGUUGCCCUUGGAAAGUGUAUCAGGUGUAUUUGUUACAGAAGUGUGUUAAGUCUGCAUAAGAGCUUCGUAAUAAGAAUAAUAACUGUAGAUCAGCAUUGGAAAGGGUUGUUGAAAAAUUUCCAAAGUAGUGAAUAUGACACAACAUCAAAGAUGGAGCACAGAACCAGCAUCUAAGCGUCCCAACUCCCAUGUGUAACUGCCCAUGAUGUGUCGGCAUCCUCCAGUUUCCCCUUCUAAUAAGCAAUCAAGACACCGAUUUGAGGCAGAACUUUCUGAUCACAUUUCAUCAUAUCUCAAAACAGUCCUUGAUCACGUUCAUCGCGGUCCCACACUUUUGUGACCCAGGGUUUUGCUGAGCGGGAUCUGACCCAGGACAGCAGGGUACAUGCACUGCCUAAGAUCAAUUGAAACACACGGUGACAACAGAAAUUGAGGGGUGUCGGGAGCUCGUGCAUCACCGUGAAAUUGAAGCCGGAUGUGAGUAUUACAUUUGUUUUUCUUUUUCAUGUUAGAAAGCACGAUGCUCAGCUAGAAAAAAUUUUGCAUAUGGCAUCUGUACCUGACCCAGGCGGGAUCAUGUUUCGUGGUGUACCUAUAUCUGUAUCCAUGGCAUCUCCUCUACACAUGUUACUCACACUAGAAUACAACUCCAAUCACUAAAUGUAUCUACAGCUCAAGUCGUGUUUCUUCUUCUGUGUUCCAUUGGCUUCAUCUACUAUUACAUUACUUGAGAUGAAUGUCCCCUGCCACACUCGUGUUCGAUUGCAUAGAUGCAUAAAAGCAUGACUUGAUGUGUUGUCGAGAAUGCAGCUAGCAUCAUGUAAAGAUAGAACCUCUGACUGGAAAUUGAAGGGUGAGGAUUUGAGGUUUGUCGCCUUUUCAUCAACUUGAAUGUGAUAAAGGCAUUCCAACCAAAGAUUCCACCGUUUCAAUAAAUUUGCUCAAAUACAUUGCAUACAUCUACAGGGCUUCUGCUAGGCCAUUGUUGUGAAUGGCUUCGUGUACGACUGGAUUGACGGUCUUGGCUGAGUUAAUGUUGUGGUCUUGUGUAUGAGAGUGUAAAGGAGUGUUUCAGUGCUGUGAAAUGUACAUUUUACUACCUCUAUGUGAUCGUGCUUCCAUAUGUACUUUUAUUAUGCCCAGCACUUUGCAUAUUUUAAUGUGAUAUAUGACAGCUUUGAAAGUAAUGUGGAUUGUUUAUCAGGUGUGCUUUCCUGAUGAGUAAUAAACAUAUGAUAACAGUUUA